UAUGGAAAUGUCAACUUGAUUUUUGAAAUAAACUGUGGCAUCUAUGGAGACAAGUUGUAUUGUCAUUCAGCACAUCAAAAAAUCGGAAAUAUCAUCAUGGAUGCACUACCACAAGUUAUAAACGUCUCACCAAAUUGGUCGGCACCCGUGAAGCAGAAUGCCUUAAUGCAAACCACAUCCAAGGCGCCAGUGGAUGUCGAUCAAAACGCUUGGCAAAUGCAAGUAACUCGCAAUAGGGAAGGUCUUGGAGUACCGCUAAAAAUGGCUAUGGAAUUGCAUGCCGCCAACCAAGUUGGUCGCCUACCUUUCAUGAAUUCCAGCAAUAUGAUGCGCGACGUUCUGCUGGCCAGAGAUGAAAUGAUUGACUUUACGGACAUACUCGGCAAUCCAGAACUCUUCGAAUUCCAGAAUCACCCACAUGCCACAGUUGAAAAGAUGGCUGAGCGUCACAAUACAAACUUUAUAUAAAUUGAAAUUUCUGCAACGAGGACGAGUUUUUCAUCCAUAAAUAUAUAGACAUUUAGCUUUAAUA